AUGUUUCGGUGGCGUCAGCGACCCACCCGCGCCUCGCACCCGUCACUGGAGACGCCCGUGAGCUCACGUGCCCAGUCUCGGCAGAACACGGGCAGCAGCACACACACCACCACCGCCAUGCAGCUGUCCAACGGGGCUCGCACACGCUCGCGUGCAAACAGUAACGAGCGAACGGGUAUGCCUCAAGCAUCGGCAACCCCGCAGUCGUUUGGACGACCGCGCCGCUCCAAAGAAGAGAAGUUGCGAGAUUUUGCGGCCCGCCGGCGUCAUGAGCCGCCCUCGCACAACCCCUUUCGCUCCCACCACCAGCAGUAUGCCUCGACCCCAACCAACGCGCCGGCGCCGACAAUCACAUCCCCGGACGUGUCUCGAAUCGCGGGUGCACACCCUCCACUCAUUGACAUUGAAAGUGUGGAUUCAGCCGUGGGGGGACGCAGCCUCGCCAUCUCCGACUCCCAUGCUGCGCCCGCCACCCACUCCAGCCCACCCUCACCCCUAGCUCGACCCACUGGCCUGCCGCACGCUGCAGACAACGCCUCGCUCUCCUCUGAUCCAGAGCAGGACCGCCCGAUUCUGCUCUCCGACCCCGAGGCCGUCCGCAAAGCCAAGCCCGACUACGACUCCAUUUCACAAGCCAGUAUCGGAUCGUUCUUCCGCCGCCGCCGCCGCACCUCAGACCCCAAGGAGCGUCCCUCAGAUAACGAGAAGGAAACGCGAAAAGACAAGCCCACUGACCGUGAAUCAGAUAAGGAACAUCGCGAGGGCGGUGCCGGCGGCCUGGUGUCCCGACUCAAGGCAUUUGUUCGCAAUAAAAACUCUAGCAUUCCCCACACUCACGCUGCCAACGGCAACAAGAAGCGAACCCGUCAUACGGUCCAGUACAAUCAACACAACCCCGUCUUCACCAAACACCGGGGGCCGUUGGAUGAGCAGAACGAGGACGUGCCCACUGAUGAAGAGCGGCUGGCAGCCAAACGGCCUCGACUCAAACACGUGCCCCUGCUCGCUCACCGCACUUUUUACUCCAUCAAAGCCCUUGCACGCACCGUUCUGGAGCUUUUGGGGAUGGUUGUGGCGCUCGCCUUUGUGUUCGCCAUCAUCCUAGUCAUUCUGGAUGUUGAUCGUCGCGGCAAUUCGGGCCAAGAUGCCAGCUUCCUCGAGUGUUUCAUGGUCCUGGGUUCCAUCCUCCUGACGGGAUCAGACGACUUGGCUCCAGUCCGCCUCAAAAUGACAACCACAACCUACCUGCUCGUCACGACGUGUUACUUUGUCGGGUUUUUCUUUCGCGUGGCCUACCUUGCUGGCUAUCUGGCGCGCCUCAGAAGCUCGCCAACGUUUUUUUCCUUCUCAACAUGGUUGGUUGUGGACCGCAUGUCUUCGUUUGUGAAUGGCCCUGCACUUGAAAUCCGAGUGGGCUAUACCGAUGCUUUCAAACACAAAAUCAUCCAGGGCCAUGCCCAAGUGACACUAUCACGCGAGCCAAAGGAAUCGGAAGUGGCAUUGCGCCGCUACCAUCAGCUGAAACUUUUGACCGCCAAUAUGGCUGUGAUGCCGCCCCUCUGGACACUGGCCCAUGCCAUCACGCCGAAUAGCCCGUUGGCAGGCAUUACGUGGGACAAGUUGGCUCGUGAGGAUGUGACGAUCACCGUGGUCAUAUCCGGCAUUGAUGCCGAGACGGGUACAGCCGUCUACCAGAGUCACACGUACAUUGUUGGACGCAUGUUGGUCAACGCCAAGUUCCACAACAUGGUGACACAGCCUGAUGGCUUGCGUCGCAAACGCAAAACAAUCGAUUUUGCGUUUUUUGACACGGUGGACGUGGAAUACCCCGUCAACCGCUAG